CACAGGGGUAGGGCGGUGAGAGGGCCGUGGAGUGCCGCCCUUCGCCGCCGCGGUUGGCGGGAGCGAGUCGUGACGUCACACAGGGCCUCUCGAUGUGGGCUUGUGAAUGGCUAGAUUGGGAAGCACCGGCGGGGUGUCGGGAAGAGUGGUGACGCAACAUAGAGACUCCGCCCCCUUCCUUGGAGCGCGACUCGGGCUGAGGGACCUCGGGCCAAUCAGAGGGACAGCCCCAGAAUGGCAUGGUAGAUGGAACGCAGCUGAGAGGUCUGACAAGAUGUACCAGGUCCCACUGCCACUGGAUCGGGAUGGGACCCUGGUACGGCUCCGCUUCACCGUGGUGGCCCUGGUCACAGUCUGCUGUCCACUUGUCGCCUUCCUCUUCUGCAUCCUCUGGUCCCUGCUCUUCCACUUCAAGGAGACAACGGCCACACACUGUGGGGCCACGCCCUACAGGAUGUUCUCUGCGGCCUCCCAGCCUUUGGACCCCGAUGGGACCUUGUUCCGGCUUCGCUUCACGGCCAUGGUCUGGUGGGUCAUCACUUUUCCUGUGUUCGGCUUCUUCUUCUGCAUCAUCUGGUCCCUGGUGUUCCACUUUGAGUACACGGUGGCCACUGACUGUGGGGUGCCUAAUUACCUGCCCUCGGUGAGCUCGGCCAUCGGCGGGGAGGUGCCCCAGCGCUACGUGUGGCGUUUCUGCAUCGGCCUGCACUCGGCGCCUCGCUUCUUGGUGGCCUUCGCCUACUGGAACCACUAUCUCAGCUGCGCCUCCCCGUGUUCCUGCUAUCGCCCGCUGUGCCGCCUCAACUUCGGCCUCAAUGUCGUGGAGAACCUUGCAUUGCUAGUGCUCACUUACGUCUCCUCCUCCGAGGACUUCACCGUCCACGAGAAUGCUUUCAUUGUGUUCAUCGCCUCAUCCCUCGGGCAUAUGCUCCUCACCUGUAUUCUCUGGCGGUUGACCAAGAAGCACACAGUAAGUCAGGAGGAUCGGAAGUCCUACAGCUGGAAACAGCGGCUCUUCGUCAUCAACUUCGUCUCCUUCUUCUCGGCGCUGGCUGUCUACUUUCGGCACAACAUGUAUUGUGAGGCUGGAGUGUACACCAUCUUUGCCAUCCUGGAGUACACUGUUGUCCUAACCAACAUGGCGUUCCACAUGACGGCCUGGUGGGACUUCGGGAACAAGGAGCUGCUCAUAACCUCUCAGCCUGAGGAAAAGCGAUUCUGAACCCUUCAGUCCUGCUUGGAAGGAGGAAGCCCACUGCCCAGAAACAAGAAACAAGAUACCAUUCUGGCCUUCCCCACCCUACAUCCUCUCUUGGCCUUACUGAAGAUGGGGGAAGGGUAAGAAGGAAGGGCAUAGGCCAAGGCUCACCCCAGUGCUGCUGGCUUCUCCUCUCCACCCCUCAUAUGGGCAUGGGGUCCUCAAGCAACAUCACCUUUACCUGAGAGGCCCCAAGAAGCUGAGCUGGCAGAGAGCUCCACCAUUUGGUGCUAAAAAAACGUCCUGAGGUUCAUGACCACCAUCCACUUUCUGGCCUUUACAUAGUCACCUUUCACUGAGGUCAGGAGCCCCUGAGCAGUUGCUGCUCCCUGACAACCACAGCCAUUUCUCUCCACGGGGUCAUUCACAGGACUAAUGUAUUUCAUGAUCUACUGUGCACAUCCAGGCCUGUGGCCACAGUCCCCUGCUAAAGCUGCUCAGGUGUUCUAGUCCUGACUUCACCUUUUUGAUGUGGUGUGUGCCCUAUGGUAUGUACCCUUCCCUAUCUGAGCCUCAGUGUGUCCGUGUGUCUGAUGGGGGAUGGGUGGGCUGUAUGAUUUCCAAGGGCUCUACCAGUAAGUGGUUCUGAUGUCAUUGGGUGGAGGUGGUGUUCUGUACCUAAAGGAUGACCUGCUCCAGAAACAGCACCAGCACACCAUGUAUUUUCUUCUCUCUUCUGCAAGUUCUGGCUUAUAGACCCCUCCCUUCCUUUGCAAAGGUAUGGGAUACAGGGGUCAGAUGCAGAUUUCUACCGUAAAAUGGGCUCUCUGGUAUCUCCUGUCUUCCCUACUGCUCCAAACCCUAAAUUUUGGUUGUACAUUUUGUUUUAAAGGAAAAUAAAUUUUUUGGGGGGGGCCAACAGUUGCUUAGGCUUGC